UAUGUUUCGCCGCAGAAUGAUCAUGAAUUGUUUGUUGAUUUGACGUUCGAUGUUCGUACAAAACGAAAAAAAAAUUACAUGAAAAAAAACUAUUUACUUCGCCAUAAUAAUAUUUUGUAAUUUAUGUGAAAAAAUAAUAACACAAUUGGACAUGCCGACCAAAGUGGCAACAGAAGACUUGGUAAAAGAAAAUGUGGUGCCACGGCCCCCUUUGUCAGUCUGGUGGUUGGUGGCAGCACUGGCGGUGUCAGGGUUGUCAGUGAUAGGAGUGGCCCUCAUAGACUACAACCUCCCUGAGCCACUGACCAGGGAGACGGCUCCACCAGAUCGGUUCAUAGCAGAGAUAGCUCAUGAACACCUUGUCAACUUGACCUCUAUUGGGCCACGGGUGGCAGGCAGCUACGAAAACGAAGUGGUAGCAGUGCGUAUACUAGUGGAAACCCUAAAGGAGAUCGCCCGCACGGCGUCCCCACACAAUCGUGUGGAGUACGAGCUGCACACGGCGAGCGGGGGGUUCGCCCUCACGUUCCUGGACGGCAUGAACAACGUGUACCGCGACGUGCAGAGCGUGGUGGCGCGCGUGUCGGGCGCGGGGGGGCGGCCGCGCGGCGCCAAGCAGCGCACGGCGUUGCUGCUGAACUGUCAUUACGAUUCCGUCACUGAUAGUCCAGGCGCAAGCGACGACGGUGCAGGAUGCGCGGUGCUUCUCGAGACGAUGCGCACGCUGUCGGCCUCGCGGCGCCCGCUGCGGCACGACGCGGUGUUCCUGUUCAACGGCGCCGAGGAGAACAUAAUGCAAGCCUCGCACGGGUUCAUCACCCAGCACAAGUGGGCGAAGUCGGUGCGUGCGUUCAUCAACAUAGAGGCGUGCGGCGCCGGCGGACGCGAGGUCCUGUUCCAGGCGGGGCCCCACGACCCCUGGAUUAUGGAGGUGUACGCCGGCGUGGUGCCGCAUCCGUUCGCCUCGUCACUUGCGCAAGAGUUGUUUGAGAGCGGUUUCAUACCCGCUGACACGGACUUCCGAAUCUUUAGAGAUUUCGGCAACUUAUCAGGCGUGGACCUGGCGUGGAGCACGAACGGGUACGUGUACCACACGGCGCUGGACACGGUGUCGCGCGUGCCGCGCGCCGCGCUGCAGCGCACCGGCGACAACGUGCUCGCGCUCGCCAACGGGUUGCUGAGCAGCGAAAGCCUGGAGAGUGAGGUGGAACUGACGUCGCGCCAGCCGGUGUACUUCGACGUGCUGGGGCUGGUGGUGGUGUCUGCUCGUGCGCCGCUCGCGCUCGCGAUGUGCGCGUUCACCAUCGCGUUCGUGCUCUUCAAGGUCCAUCUCAACGCGACUGACGCCAAGAGACAGUUGUUCGUGCACCGCGUGUGGUGGUGGCGCUGGGUGUGCGUGUGCUGCGCGGCGCAGGCGUGCAGCGUGGCGGUGGGCACGGCGGCGGCGGCGGCGCUGGCGAUGACCAUGCACGUGGUGGGCGCGCGCCUGCGCUUCUUCGCCACGCCGCCGCUGCUCGGCCCGCUCUACGCCGCGCCCGCAUUAGCGGCAUGCUGGUGGACUGCGAUAACGCUGUGGUCGCGGUGGGGUGCCGUGGCGGUGCGGCGCGGGUGGUGGGGGGCUCGGCUGUGGCACGACGCGGCGGCGCUGACGACGGCGCUGGCGCUGCUGCUGUGUGCGGUGCGGGGCCUGCGCUCCGGGUUCCUGCCGCUGCUGUGGGCGCUGCUGCCCACGAUCUCGGACAUCAGGCCCUUCGGCAGCAGCAGUGGGCGCGGCAUGUGGCGCGCGGCGUGGUGGUGCGUGGGCUGGUGCGUGCCGGCGCUGCAGACGUGGUACCUGGCGCUGGGCUCGCUGCACAUGCUCGUGCCGCUCACGGGCCGCUCCGGCGCCGAGAGCCCCUCCGACGUGAUAAUAGCGGUACUAAUGGCCUUGCUAGUGCUGGGCGCCUGCAGUUGGAUACUGCCACUCCUCAUCGCGACCAGGAACCCUUGGAAGCUGAUAUACGUGUGCAUGGGCGUGGGCGUGGUGACUGCCGUGCUGGCGUGUCUUGUGCCCGAGCACUUCGCGUACAGCGACACACGGCCGCAGCGGAUCAUGGUGUUCCACACAAGGCGCACUGUGCACAUAAAAGGUGUGCACACGCCGCCUGAGAUGAUCUACUGGAUGCCCGACCUUGAUGUCAACACGCCGUAUACGGUGAAGGAUUUCGUGGCGGGGGCCCGCGCGGUGUCGGCGGAGGAGUGCGCGCACUGGCUGUACUGCGGCGCGCCGUACUGCCUGCCCGUGCUCAGCAUGAUCGGCACCUCACACGUCGCGCCCGCGCCCGUGCCGCCGCUCGCCAGCCUCAACGCCACGCUGCACCUCUCCACCGUCAGCGACUCCGUCAGGAUGCUGCAGCUCAACAUUACUGGUCCGAAUCACGUGGUCGUCAUAGUGGCGCCGACUGCCGGUGCGCAUAUCACUUGGACCAACCUGGUUGAAAAGUUGCUGGUGGGACCCACGUGGGGUCCGGACCUCAGACCCACGUACUUUAUCGGGCUGCACCACGCGCGAGAUCCUAAGUCGUGGUCAAUCGAUCUCAGAAUAGAGCGUGAUCCAAGCGCGCCGCCGAGCGACACGUGGGCGGACGUGUCGGUGGCAGGACACAGCAUGUUCGGCGAGCUGCGGCUGCACGAGGAACACGCGCGGCUCCUGCGCUCCUUCCCCGCGUGGGUCACGGCCACCGGCUGGGGCGUCGACCUGCAUCUCUACACCGUGUAGUCACACCGCCGUCUGACUCGCCAGGCGAAUACUGCGCGUACUGCUGUAGCAGCGUUGUGUUGGAAAUGUUAACAAAUGUCUGCUUGCGUUAAUGGCUGAUUUCUAGAUUCAGGUUGCGUAGUAGGAUCAAUACAGAAAAACCAAAUCUAAGUCAUGUAAGGAAGUUACAAUUUUUUCUCAUGCGUCCAUUUUCUCUGUCGACCCGAAGGUGAGGAAUAAGUUUGUUGAUUAAAUCAGCCAUAUAAUGUUAUCUUAUUGGAGGAGCAGAAUUACAAGGCCGUAAAAGAUUGUUUACAUUUCUCGUACAAUGCUAGUAACUGAUGCGAAGUUCGACGCAAAUACAUUUUAGUUAACGCGACUAACUUCGGUUGAAAUUGCUGCGCGUACGCAGUUCGCCCGACAGCCAAACUCAAUAGCCAAUUCACCGUCCAUAGCGACACAUUGCGACAUUAUAUACAGAAUACAUGUAUUUACUAAGCAGCAUGUUGGGUAACAUUACAGUGUCCAAUAAGUAUGUGAAAUCUUGUUUAUCUCUAAACGAAACCGAAAGUCCGGUGCGUUUGUAUAAGUCGGACAACAUAACAAAAAUAAAAUACCAGGUUAAAAAAAAAUGUGUUGCGCCAUAAUUGCUGCCUAGUAAAUACAUGGCUUCAUAAUUAGCCAAAACGUCGCAUCGUAUUAAAUAGA